AUGCUAAGAAAUGCACUGGCAUUCAGCCAUGUCCUCUCCAAGGAUAUUAUUUAUAACACUGGUCCUCAAGUAUCCGGACAAAAAUUGAUUUUUGAAUCAUUGGAAGACAUAAAUAACCCCGAUGUCGGCAAAAUAAAAAUGGAAAAUGGUAUUACAACUAUAGUUUAUAAAAUCCCUACUGCCAAUUAUUUGCGGGAAUUGUGGAGUAUUCUAAAAUAUGUUUCCAACUUGGAAAUUGAACAAAUUAAUGUUACUUCGCUUAAUUUAUUAUCUCACCAAUUUUAUACUCUUAAAUCUAUUACAAUACCUGAUACAAUUACAUCAAUUGAAGAUUUCUGUUUUCAAAAUUACCGAAUAACAAGCAUUGAUCUGAAAAAUGUUCGAUCAAUUGGUAAUUUUGCCUUUGCGAACUGUAGUUAUCUAGAAACAAUCAUGGCACCUUCUUUGACUUAUAUUUCUCACAGAUUUGCUUAUAAUUGUUAUUCAUUGCACACAUUGAAAACAGGCACUUUAACGCGUAUCGGAGGUCUUUCAUUUUAUCAAUGUUACAAGUUAACUAGUAUAGAUUUAUCAGCAGUUAGUUCAAUUGGUGAUAGUGCUUUUGCAUAUUCCGGUAUUGAAUCUGUUACAAUUCCAGCAAUUUGCGAGGAAAUUUCUGAUAAUGCUUUUGAAGGAUGUUUAUCAAAGAUUACAUUUGAUUCAAGAACAACAAAUCUUGUAAUUGGAAAAUAUGUAUUUUAUAGAUCUUUCAUCAAAAGUAUUACAUUGCCUUCUCCAUUAACAUUAAAUGGUACUUAUUCUUUUGCAUUUUGUCAUCAUUUGGAAGAAAUUCAUCUUCCUGAUGAAAUAACAUCCAUACCGAUGUACUUUGCAUUCGAAUGCACAAGCCUUAAGAGUGUUGAAGCAAAAGGAGUAACAUCAGUUGGUUCAUAUGCAUUUCAACUAUGUGUUAAUUUAGAAUCUGUUAAAUUCGGAACAGCCACAGAGUUUGGAAACAGUAGUUUCCAGUAUUGCUCAAAACUUAAAAUGGAUAUUGAUCAAACAGUACCAGUUAUAUUUAAUCAUUAUUCUUUUGGUUUUUGUGAAUCACUUUCAUUUAAUUCGGUACCUUCAACAUGGAAUUUAACUGGAAAUGGUAUAUUUUAUGGAUGCAACAGUCUCACAUCAUUAAAAAUAUCGGCAUACAUUAAUAAUGCAAAUAUGAUGUUCAAAGGCUGUCGUGGACUGAAAAGUGUUGAUCUUUUAGAAGGUGUUGAAGUAGUUCCAGAAAAUUGUUUCCGGAAUUGCACAAGUUUAACAACUUUCACUUUCAAAGAUACUCUCCAAUCUAUUAAAUCAUAUGCAUUUUCUCACACUGCACUAACAGGUAAAUAUGAUUUCACUUCCAUUGAAGUAUUUCAAUAUGAUAUUUAA